AUGCAGCUCAAAAGAAUCGGAGAAGUAGAUCAUGCUUUGGAAGUAUUACUCGUAUCAAAGCGACUAGAGAAACUUCAAACUUGUGCAAUGCGAUUCUCAUGUGACAUUCUGCAAUGUCUCUAUCAUGAGCUAAAUGUCAGCAGCGAUAGAGUUUUUGCAUCCGAGCAACACUUGGACUUGGAGAAUAUAGCGGAUCUCACGACGAACUUCGAAGACGGGAACGAGGGUUCUCAAGAUGAGACCUCGCAAAUCCCCGUCCCAUGUCACAGUCUCAAGCGCCCUCAUUCAUAUCGCAUCGCGUCUUAUGAUUAG